UGCGAAACGUUCCCGCCGAGAAGAAAGGAAAUUCAAACGGUUAGGAGGGUGCCGGGGGGUGCGCGCGUGACGUCAAGGAAGGUGACCGGGCACCGCAGACGGCAGUUGCGCGUGGCUGGCGGAGCAGCAGAGGCACCGCCCCCCCUCCCCUUCAACUCCUGCUGAAGUGAGCCUCAACCCGACUCAGACCAGGCAAGGCUAGUCGAUAAAACCACGGUUCGAGCGAUGAUGGAGAUAGUCGCUGCGGCGGAUAGUGACGAGAGAGGACUGUCGCUCCUCAGAGUGGUCAACAUACUGCAGAGGGUCGUGGUCUUCCUUCACUCCUUUGCGGUCGAUAAAACAAGAGGUCAAACACCCACGUCAGCCUCUAAAACACAACAAAUGCCUGGAAUGUCCAAGGAAGAAGUUGCCAAAAAGGUAAAGGAAAUCUGCCAGGAGCUGGUGCUGAGCCAGGAGGCCCUGAAGGAGGUGUGCGACCGCCUGCAGGAGGAGAUCAACAAGGGUCUCGGCAAGGAGUCCAACCCAGAGGCAACCAUCAAAUGUUUCCCAACGUAUGUCAGAGAACUCCCCAAUGGCAAGGAAAAGGGAAGGUUCCUUGCCCUGGACUUGGGUGGCACCAACUUCCGCGUCCUGCUGAUUGAGCUGGGUGAUAAGUGUACGAUGGAGAGCAGAAUCUAUGCUGUACCACAGCCUAUUAUGAUUGGACCUGGUGAUGGGCUGUUUGACCACAUCGCUGAGUGUCUCGCAAGCUUCAUCAAGGAACGGAACCUAGGUACUGAGCUCCUUCCCCUUGGUUUCACCUUCAGCUUCCCCUGCAAGCAAGAAGGGCUAACAAAGGCUAGAUUAGCACGUUGGACCAAGGGAUUCAAGUGCGAAGGAGUGGAAGGAAGAGAUGUCGUUGAAUUGCUCAAGAAAGCAAUUGCAAAGAGAGGGGAUGUCAAAAUCAAGAUUUGUGCUGUUCUGAAUGACACUACAGGCACCCUCAUGUCAUGUGCCUGGAAGAAUCAUAACUGUCGAGUUGGUUUGAUUGUUGGCACUGGCACAAAUGCUUGCUACAUGGAGAAGAUAGAGAAGGUAGAACUAUGGGACGGAGAUUUGGAAGAACCACGCCAGGUGAUAAUCAACACUGAAUGGGGUGCAUUUGGAGACAAUGGAUGUUUAGACUUCGUCCGCACAGAAUAUGAUAACACAAUUGACAGAGAAUCUUUGAACCCAGGAAAGCAACUGUUUGAGAAAAUGAUUAGUGGUAUGUACAUGGGAGAAGUUGCAAGGCAGGUUAUCGUGCGGCUGGUGGCAGAGGGCCUGCUCUUCGAUGGAAAAUCUUCAGAUAUUUUGCAAGAGAAAGGUUCUUUCUUCACUAAAUACAUCUCAGAAAUCGAAAGUGAUGAAGAUGGAGAUUUCAACAAUUGCUAUGCUAUUCUGGAGGAACUUGGUCUUAACAAUGCCACUGAUGCUGACUGUGCAAAUGUCCGUCAUGUGUGCGAAUGCGUUUCUCGGCGAGCAGCAUACUUAGCCGGAGCAGGUGUUGCUCUCCUCCUUAACCGUAUCAAUGAAGAAAGUGUAUCUGUUGCUGUGGAUGGAUCUGUUUAUCGUUUCCAUCCACACUUCCACAACCUUAUGGUGGAGCAGGUAUCACAGCUCAUUAAGCCUGGAAUUAAGUUUGACCUAAUGUUGUCAGAGGACGGAAGUGGCCGUGGUGCAGCCUUAGUGGCAGCUGUAGCUUCCAGGACCUCAGCCAUGAGAUAGAGCGAUGAUCCUAUUUCGUAACAGUGGAACAAUAAAUGUGAAAGUGUCUUCAUAUGUAGGAGAUUUUUGUUGCACACAAUGCAUGUUUUUUAUAUAGUUCUUGACUGAUGAUAUGAAUACUAGUUAACAUUGCAGGCAUACAGUGUGCUAGUUUUGUGGUAAGUGGAUAAGCUGAAGGGUAACGGAUGUGGAAAGAUGCUGCCAUCUUCAGUAUUUACAAUCAGUUAGAAGGUUUAUGGAUGGAAUGUAAGCUUAAACUUUUAUUUUUCUCUACAUUUUAGAUACACACACACACACAUAUAUCUAUCUAUAUAUAUAUAUCUAUAUAUAUA